AUGAGCAUUCGCCCCUACGCCGUCACCCGAGACCGGCUUAACAGUCAUACAAUCAUGCCCGAUCAUCGUCUUCUCAUCUUGUUCGCCCACCCCGACGACGAGGCCUUCCCCGUCGGCGGGACCAUCGCGAUGCACACGGCACGGGGAGUGACCGCGCGGUUGAUUACCACCACUUCCGGCGAACUCGGCGAAAUCCGUCAGCCUGGCUCCGCCACCCGCCAGACCAUCGGCGAGGUACGUCGCGGAGAGUUGGCUGAGGCUAUCAAGGAACUGGGCAUCGAGUCCCACGAGGUCCUCCAGUACCGUGAUUCCGGUAUGGCCGGCUGGGACGACAACCACCAUCCCAAGGCAUUCGUUCAGGCCAGCGAGCACGAAGUGGUGGCCCGCCUGGUGUUUGAAAUUCGUCGCUUCCGUCCCCAGGUGAUCCUCACCUUCGGGCUGGACGGACUCUACGGCCACCCCGACCACAUCGCCAUUUGUAAUCACGCCACCACUGCCUUCCGCCUCGCCGCGGAUGACUCCGCUUUCCCGCACCACAUGGCGCUCGGCAUUCAGCCUCAUCAGACCGACCGCCUUUUCUACAGCGUGCGGCCGCGCGGUUUCCGCGUCCACAUGGCCGAAACCCUACAGGCCGCCGGCGUGGACUUCCCGAUGCCAUCGUCCGAUCGCGCCAACGACGGCGCCGACCCUGAGACCAUCGAUCUAACGGUUGACGCAUCGGACGGCCUGGAGGCCAAGAUGGCCUGCAUCAAGCGACACUUCACCCAACUGCAGCCCGAUUGGCCCUACGAACGCGUUCCCCGUGAAGUGGCCGCCUCGGUUAUCGGAGUAGAGCAUUUCAUCCGCGCCGAACCCCCGGUGCUUGACGGCGAGACCGUCCCCGCGGACUUCUUCGCCGGUCUUUAG